AUGACAACUCCAAUAUCAACUAAUACAAAUGUAAUAACAAAUUAUUCUGCUGAAGAUAUUGAACGAAUAAUCAAUGAUUUUUAUUCUCCAACAUCUCAAUUAUCAACUGAACAACGUCAAAAAUUGAAUACUAUUCUUGAAAAUUUACAAUAUUCUAAAUCAGCAUGGGAUUUUCCAUGGAAAUUUUUAGAUAUAAGUAAAUCAUCAAGUAUUCAAUUCUUUGGUACUGUUGCUCUUUGUAAUAAAAUUUCUAAACAUUUAUUAGAAUUAGAUGAUAAUCAAAUACGAGAAUUAUUUCAUCAACUAAUUCAACGAUUAAUUUUAUAUAUUUCAAUUAAUUCAAAACAAAUAAUUACUAAAUUAACUAUAGUUGUUAGUUAA